AACUCUGCAGUGGAGAAGAAGGAAGAAGUCGUGAGUGUGGACAUGCACGCCAAGCAGCAAGGAGAUGGUCUGUGGUGGGGGAGGGGGCUUCUGAGCCCAAUCCGGUGCUGCAGAAGCCUCUAGGCCCAAAGAGAGGGGAAGCAGAGAAGACAUGAAGCCCAAUAAGCCAGCCCCUGCCAUCAGUCUGGGUUCCACUAAUGCAGACUUUGGAAUAAGUCACACAUGCUGGACUGAAAGGUGAUUUUUAAAAAAUACAGAGUGAAAACAAUCUCUUAAAAUAUUUAAAAUGCAAACAGGAAGAAUGUUCAGUCUUCUUAAAUGUUGGUGGAAGCCAAGUCUACCCGGUUCAACAUCUUUUGUUUGGAAUCAGGUAACAAUGAACCAUAACAAAACUGCCAUGAUAUCAUCGGUAAUUACCACUAGAGAAACCAUGAAGUGACAUUAAAAUGUUCUGUCAUGUUCUGUGAUCCCAACACCUUGCAAAGCAACUCUUUUCCUCUCACUGCUGGUGAGAUGGUAAAAACAUCAAGUUGGAAUUUGAUGACAUAGGCAGCAGGGAGCCAUGGGGGGCUUUUGAGCAGGAGCAUGACAUCAUUAGAAAACCACUGUGGAAGUACAACAGUGACGAAGAAUGUUAUCUCCAUCUGAGGGAAAAGGCCCUGGCCAGUGUCCCCUCACUUUGUUCACACAUCCAGUGCCCACUCUGGCUGCCGAGCUCCCCAGAAGUAAGGAUUCAUAAAGCCGAGCCACUUACCCUUUCCAGAAGUGACAUCAAACACCACUCCUUUCACUGCCAUGUAGAUGGGCUGAUCCUCCUAGAAAGCAGGAGAGAAGCUGUUGGAGGCAGCCCAAGAUCUCCGCUCCUCCAGCCCAAGCUGGUGACAUCUCUUCCCACCACAGGCUGUGCAGACAGCAGCGGCCGAAGGUACAAAGAGGCCAUCCCUGAGCCAGUCCUCAGCCAGCUCGUCCCAUCAGGAGCUUGCCCCUGCCUGCCCAAUGUCACGUCCACUCACAAACUUAGGAAAAGUGACAAAGUAUCAUGACAAGCCCAGGGCAAUACCUUUCUGUGGAAAAAAAAAAAAAAAAAAAAAAAAAGAAAAGAAAAUCCCAGGGACUGAAGCAAAUCUACAUAGAUAAGAAUUCAAAGUAUGUUAAAUAGUGAAUUUUUAAAAUCAACCCAAAUCUCCUUUCAUCUUGGUUAAUGUACUGACAUGGAUGCAAUCAGUAUAAAUGAUCGAUUUUAUAUUUUGCUUCUUACAGGUAAUAUUGCUUCAUAUAAACAUUCCCAUGUAUUGAAAUAACCAAAAUGGUUGUCACUAACACAGCGCUAUUUUAUAUUAGUGAUACUGUGUACCUGUUGGUUUGGCUCUUCUUCUAUUUUGGGUAUUUGGGCUCUUUCCAAUUCUUUAAAACCAUAAAUGGCAGGAUUAUGAAUAUCUUUCUAUUAGCUACUUUAUAAUUUGGUGAGUUAUAUUCCUGGACCAAAGUACAUGAACAACAUCAUCACUUAUUAAAAAUGUAAGCAGUCUGUUCUUCAAAAAACCAUUUACAGUGCUAGAAAUAUACAAGCAAUGCUGUCUCCCCAAAGUGCUCACAGUCUCAUAGUAUAUUUUUUGCUAUAUUUAUAGGGAUAAAAUGUUAUCUUCAAAUCCCUAUCUCCUCCCACCACCACCGAAGAGAACAACGCAAAAACAGAUGGCAUGAAUUUCCUAACUACCAUCAGGGUGGACUCGGGCUGGGGCAACUGGCACGUUCUAGGACACGCAAGACCAGGCCUCCUUUGUCUCAGCCCCAUUGUAGGUGGACCAGGGAACCCUCGCAGUAAUCCAGUAAUCCAGGUGAGAGGUGAUGGUGGCUGGUGCCGGCCUGACUGAUCAAAGCAUCUUACAGCUGGGAAGACUCCAAAGAGCUCGCGGCCCGAAGAACAGGGAGUCGUAGCCAGGCAUGAUCCAAAGCUGAGUGAGGAGUUGGAUCAGGUGGUUGAGAACUCAGAGCGGACGGACGAGCAGGAAAAGGAGACAGACGGAGUCCAAGGUCCAGGAGUCUUGCCAGCCCUGGACAGCGAGUCCGCCUCCAGCAGCAUCCGCUUCAGCAAGGCCUGCCUGAAGAACGUCUUCUCCGUCCUGCUCAUCCUCAUCUACCUGCUGCUCAUGGCCGUGGCCGUCUUCCUGGUCUACCAGACCAUCACAGACUUCCGAGAGAAGCUCAAGCACCCCGUCAUGUCGGUGUCUUACAAGGAGGUGGAUCGCUAUGACGCCCCAGGGAUUGCUCUGUACCCGGGUCAGGCCCAGCUGCUCAGCUGCAAGCACUAUUACGAGGUCAUUCCGCCUCUGAGGAGCCCCGGCCAGCCGGGUGACAUGGACUGCACCACCCAGAGGAUCAACUACACGGACCCUUUCUCCAACCAGACCCUGAAAUCCGCCCUGAUCGUGCAGGGGCCCCGCGAGGUGAAGAAGCGCGAGCUGGUCUUCCUCCAGUUCCGCCUGAACGAGAGCAGCGAGGACUUCAGCGCCAUCGAUUACCUCCUCUUCUCGUCCUUCCAGGAGUUCCUGCGCAGCCCAGACAGGGUGGGCUUCAUGCAGGCCUGUGAGAGCGCCUAUUCCAGCUGGAAGUUUUCCGGGGGCUUCCGCACGUGGGUCAAGAUGUCCCUGGUGAAGACGAAGGAAGAGGACGGGCGGGAGGCGGUGGAGUUCCGGCAGGAGACCAGCGUGGUCAACUACAUUGACCAGAGGCCAGCCGCCGAAAGGAGCGCUCAGUUGUUUUUUGUGGUCUUUGAAUGGAAAGAUCCUUUCAUCCAGAAAGUCCAAGACAUAAUCACCGCCAAUCCUUGGAACACAAUCGCCCUUCUCUGUGGGGCCUUCCUGGCGUUGUUUAAAGCAGCAGAGUUUGCCAAACUGAGUGUGAAGUGGAUGAUCAAAAUUAGGAAGAGAUACCUUAAAAAAAGAGGUCAGGCAGCAAACCACAUAAGCUGAGGUGGCCUCGUGGUAUUGGUAGAACUGCCCCCGGCGAUGGAAGUUCUCGUCAUUUCUGUUUUGGUAAACGGAGUGGCCAGCGGCCCUGUGCUCACCUGCCACGGCCUCGCUGGGAGGACCAGCCUGCCAGACUGCAGCUUCUAACCUGGCCCCGAAAGAGGAUGUUUAGAGCCUAAUGGAACAGAUCCGGUGGAUAACCUACAACCUAUUUAAAUACUUAAAUUAUUAAUGAACAUUUUUGGACAUAUGAAUAGGGAUUGUGGAAGUUGGAAUUAGCUAUGUCUCAGGUUUUCUGAAGGUUUGUGAAGCUGCCUUUCUUACUUGGUUUGGUGUAUAGUUAAGCUCUAACGGGAUAAUCCAGGCUCUACAUUUCACCUUAGUCCCCCCCACCCCCGAGGUUUUUAUAAAGUGGACAGAAGAGUGAUUUUUUUUCCCCCAAAUCCUGAGGCUGCAGAUGUGCAGGUUCUGCGUUGAGCCCUCUGCACCGCGUACCCAAGGGCAGAAUCCAUUGUCUCCGGCGUCACCCGCCAGUUCCAUCAUCCAGCCUCUGACAUGCGCUCUCAUUUGUUAAAUUUUAAAUGGGACUUUUGUAAAGCUUCUAGAAAGUAGUGCUAAGAUAUCUCGAGGAUUGACUAGCCACCUACGUGUCUGGCUCCAGUAUCUGUUGAUGCGGGUAUGAGCGCGCAGUGAUUAACAUGCAGAAGCCCUGGGACAUGUGUACAGAGGAGGUGCCUACUCAGUGUAUUUUGAUGAUUUUAUUAACAGGUAAAUAAAAGUUAGGUUAAUGCAAAAGGA